ACCAGGUUUUUUUGCCCAACUGCGGUCCUCACUGUCCCUAGCUUCUUAUUCUCGACAGCCAUUCCAGCCACGAAGUUAUUGGGCUGCUGGAAGCGGCUGUCGAGAAUGACAUCCAUAUCCUUGCAUUGCCCCCACACACGACACACUUUUUACAACCCCUGGAUAAAAGUAUAAACGGGCCGUUGAAAGCAGCAUAUAAGCGUGUCUGUUCCGAGCAUAUGAAUAGUAAUCCAGACAACAUUGUCAAUAAGAAGUCCUGGCCAGGUCUUUUCAGACAAAGUUUCGAUAGAGCCCUUACACAGCAGAACAUUACAAGUGGCUUUCGUGCUACAGGAAUCUAUCCCUUAGAUAGAUCUGUAAUACCCGCUGACGCCUUAGCGCCUUCUAAAGUUUUUGAGUCCGCCACAUCUACUCACCAGGGUGCUUCCGUCUCUAAAUCUAUUUCAUCGACAGUGACUUCUGAACCAGAGUCCAUAUCAUCUUUGACGACUUCUACUGACGACUCGACUCCCUCCACAUCCUUCCAGAUUCCUUCUAUCUAUGACCCUUCUGUGUCGGCAACAAGUCAAAUUUCUUUCUCCGCCGAGUCAACUGUAGCGCCCAGCCCAAUUCCAUCUGCGUUGACCACUUCAUCUGUUGUAUCUAACUUUCAGCAACCUGAUAACAUCAUCUCUCUUGAAACCAAUCAACCAGUCGAUAUGCGUACUUCUAGCUUUGUUAGUGAACUUGCAGUUGCACCGUCUUCUUCCAGAGAUCCAGAUCCUUUUUUACCAAUUACACCAGUGGCCGAUUCAGAUGAUCAAGUUUUUAAUCUCUCUGAAACUGUUUCCGCCUCACAAAUUCUGUCUGAUCUUGCAAAUGGUGGUGUAAAUGUUGAACUCAUAACUCCAGAAUGUGAUGUCAACAACGAAUUUUCAGAUUUGUGGAAUAACCAAUUAUCUACUCUCUUUGAUGUCCCGUCCCCUGAGCAGAAAACACGACCAGAGUCGCAAAGUAAGAGAAAACUUACUUCCCAUAGACUCCUAACAUCAGAUGAAAUUUUACAAGAAAAGAAAAGGAAAGCAGAAGAAAAGAAAGAACAAGAACUCAAGAAAGAGAUGAGAAAACUAAAAAAGGAAAAAGCACCAAAGAAAAGUGUGAAAAAAUAGACUUGAUUUAACACUGUAUUUGAAA